AUGGACGUGGAAUCAAACUCGCCUCCCCUUAAGGUGCCGCUCGACAAUGAUCAGGAUGUGCAGGAUGCUACCGACCUCGCAGGGAUGGGCCAUGCCCAGGCGUUGACCCGCAAAUUCAGUAUCUGGAGCAUGCUUGCACUGGCUUUUUGUGUUCUAGGAACCUACUCUACUUUUGCUCAAGAUCUCAGCAGCGGUCUUACCAAUGGCGGUCCCAUUACUAUCCUCUGGGGUCUGGUGCUGGUCACUGGCUGCAAUUUAUGUGUUGCGCUCUCCCUGGGCGAAUUGACUAGCAGCAUGCCCACGGCUCUCGGCCAGGCAUACUGGGUAUAUCGACUGUGGAGCACCCCUCUGGGCCGCUUCGUCUCGUACAUGUGUGCUUGGAUCAACACCUUUGGAUGGUGGACGCUCACCGCGUCGCAGGUCGCUUUCAUGACCGAGUUCAUUCUCGGCAUGAGGACGAUGUUCAAUCCAGACUGGACAGGUAACAGCCAGGGCUGGCUCAACUUUGUCGUCUUCAUCGCCGUCGUCUUCCUUCUCACCCUUGUCAACGUGGUCAGCUGUCGUCGCGAGCAGAUCCUCCCGUGGAUCAACAACUUCGUCGGCGUCUGGUUCGCCGGUCUCUUCGUCGUCAUGUCCCUCGUCAUGCUGAUCUGCGUGGGCGUUAAGAGCGACCUCUCCUUCCAACCUGGCAAAUUCGUCUUCGGCACCUGGAUCAACCAGACCGGCUGGCCCGACGGUAUCACCUGGUUCACCGGUCUCGUCCAGGCCGCCUACGGUCUGACCGCAUUCGACUCCGUCAUCCACAUGGUCGAAGAAAUCCCCAACCCACGCCGCAACGCACCCCGCGUCAUCUGGAUGGCCGUUCUCUUCGGCGCCAUCACCGGUUUCAUCUUCAUGGUAGUCUGCCUAUUCUGCAUCCAGAGCGUGGACAAUGUCACAAACGCCGACCUCCCCUUCAUGGAACUCAUGCUCGAAACCGUCGGCCUAAAGGGCGGCACCACCCUCCUCGCCUUAUUCAUCUUCAACGGCGUCGGCCAGGGCAUCGGCAUCCUUACCACCGCCUCCCGUCUAACCUGGGGUUUCGCCCGCGACGGCGGUCUCCCCUUCAGCCGGUACUUCAGCCACGUCGAUCCCGUCUGGCAAGUCCCCGUCCGCGCCCUCUGGGGCCAGGGCGUGGUCAUCGCCAUCGUCGGCAUCCUCUACCUCUUCGCCAACACCGUCCUCGAAGCCAUUCUCUCCGUCAGCACCAUCGCGCUGACAGUCUCCUACGCCAUGCCCAUCAUGGCCCUGCUCGUCGUUGGCCGCGACAAGUUGCCUGACGGUGGCUCCGCGGGUCUCGGUCGCUGGGGUCCGUGGCUCAACUGGACCAGUGUCGUGUACUGCGUUAUCACGACUGUUUUCUUCCUGUUCCCCGGUGGUCCUAACCCGGCCCCUAGUGAUAUGAACUACGCUAUUGCUGUGUUUGGUGUUAUGUUGGUCAUUGCGAUUGCGUUUUGGUUUAUUCAGGGUAGUCGCACUUAUCUCCAGACUGAUGAUGCUAUUGCGCAGAUGUUCUAUGCCCAGCAUUUGGAGAAUGAGGAGGAGACUGUUGAGCCUAGGUCUGAGGCGGGUUCGAAGUAG